AAACUGUCGCUUUGGGAGGCAGACAUUUUAUCUUAACCUUUUGCGAGAGGCCUGGGCACUGAUCAGAAAUGAAACACUGGCCAACAUUGAACAGAAUCCAAACAGAAAGUGGAYACCUGCAGUACAAAUGUUGGUCAACUUCUUUGAGGAAUAUCUAGGUCUAGCUCUGGAUAUUAUCCCAGCAUUCAAGGCCAAUGAUAAAGAUUCAUGGCAUCUCAUACUUCUACGGCUAGAAAUAAUGUUUGCUCGUUUGGGUAAACACCAUUACAGAGAUGCCUGUAUGGUAUUCCUUUCCCGCCUGAAAUACUGGCAAGACACAAAUCAUCCCAUGCUCACAGAGUUUUUUAAGAUGAUGCCAGAGUUUUCUGAAGUUGYCUGCGAAUUGUUUUUCUCAGUGUUAUCUGCACAUACCAAACCACAUGAUACYGAAGAACAAGUUCAAAGCAGUGCCAUUACAGUUGACUUGAUGAAAGAGGAAGUUGCAUCAAUCCAUGAUGUGUAUAAAGUUCGUCCCCUCGACUGCUACACCCAUAACCUAAUGCCUAGCACGGGACCAAAGUUCUUUGCUCUUGUGGAAGAUGCAACAUCAUUCCUGAAAAUACUUUUCAAUAAGUGUUUAGGAGAGGAAGAGAUUCCACUUGAAGAAGCAGCAACUUUUGACAAAACCACAGGCCUGCUGUCAUAUCAGACCAAAGUCUUUGGGCUUGUUCCAGCAAAUCUAUUCCCACUGCCAUGUUCUCUUCCAUCUUGUGCUGUUGUUUGUUCUAUUUGUGAAGGCCUGUUAGAUGGUUCCAUCAAGURCAAAAGCCGCAUCAGAUUAAAAUGUGGCCACAUGUUUCAUCAGCUUUGCCUUGUCCCUAAUCUUGGAAGCAUACGAUUGAAAGCAUUAUACAAAGAAGAGCUGAAAUCUCUAUGCAGCAUGUACAACCUCAACACUAUCGGCACAAAAGCAGUUUUAUUGGAGCGCUUGAAUGACAGUUUGACACCAGCACAGAAACAGAUGAAAAUUACAAGUUGUCAAGGGUGUACACGAGAAGACACAUCACCGUCKCUAAGGAUGUUUUGCCACUGUUGCAAGAAUUUCAUACUUCCUGAUCAAGAAUCCAUUCGAUUACCAUGCAGUCACAUUGUCCACAAGUUAUGCAAGAAAUCUGGAAGCUGUACAAUUUGCACUUCUCUGUUACGAGAAUUGACAACUACAGUUUGUGAAAAAGCCAAGUUGACAUUCACUAAAGAAUAUGUUCCCAAAUCAGGUACAUCAGCAGAUGAUGAACAAGACAGUGAUGAAGAUACUGAAGAUUACAGUGAUACUGGACCAGGUUUAUCUGAAAAGCAAGAGAAGGUUGUGCAUUAUUUUGGAGAAUUGGCAGUAAAAACCAAGCACAACAAAGAACAAAGGGGCUCACUUCCUAAACUUAAAAUUGACAAAGUGUCAGAGUGAAACCACUGUAUUUUUGAACAAUUUAUUAUAUCUCAUGUAUGAACAAUGUAGUUCAAAUUAUUGUAAAUACAUUGUAGUGAUUAAAACCGUAAAUAGUAA